AUGUUUCAGACCUUUUUUAUUGACCAGUCUGUUGGAGCAAGUGCCGCAAGUUGUACUUUUUGUGAUGUUGAUGUAGACUCUGCAACUUUAAAAACAAAAGACAGCAAGAAGAUUAUAAUUGAAAGUCCUCUAUCAAACCCAGUUUCUGGCAAUUUUUUUAAAAACUCAGAACAGAUUAGUUUACAAAAAUUCGGCUUUUUGAAGUGGAAAAGUAAUUUUGUAAAUUUAUUCAGAUAUCCUGAUUUUUUACUUGUGCUAAUAUUCUAUGGGUUGCAAGCCUUUACUAAUAUUGGAUAUGAAGAACUGUUUCCUGUUCAUGCUGCAACAGAACUUAGCUAUAAUGGAUAUGGAAUGUCAGAAUCAGCAAUUGGAAUGUUGUUUCUUAUUGUUGCAUCAUUUCAAAUUGGAAUCCAGCUUACAGUUGUUAGUAUGAUGAUGGAAAAGACUGGUGCUAAAAUGACGUUAUGCACAUCUAAUUUAGGUUUUUGUAUCUUUAUUGUUUUUUUGCCAACAGUCAGAAUGGUUAAAAACAAAUUAGGAUUUUGGAUCACAAUGUGCAUUCAUCAAAUUUUAUUACGCUCAAUGAUGUUUGCAGGAUUGUUAGCUAUUAAUGUAUUGUUAAAUAACUCUGUUGGUUCUUCAUUACUUGGCUUAGCAAAUGGUUUAGCUAUGUCAGUAACAGCUCUAGGAAGAACUGUUGGACCAAUUACAUUUGGCAUUGUUUAUUCCUGGUCAUUGAAAAACGUGGAAAAUACUUUAAAGGGUUAUAAAAGUCUUGGAUUUCCGUUUAAUGAAACUGUUGGACCAAUUACAUUUGGCAUUGUUUAUUCCUGGUCAUUGAAAAACGUGGAAAAUACUUUAAAGGGUUAUAAAAGUCUUGGAUUUCCGUUUAAUGAAUUGUAGAACCUUAUAAUCCUGAGGAUGAUCUUCCUGAGGAAGAAAAACGAAAAAUAGAAGAAAGGAGACAAGUGCGAGAAAGAAUUCAAAAUUUGUUUUUUAGACCCAUUGCUCCACCGCCAGAAGCAAUUGUAGAAGAUGAAGAUGAUGAAGAUGAUGAUGAUGAUGAUGAUGAUGAUGAUGUACCACAAGUAGAUGAAGUACCAGCAAAUAAUUAUGAA